AUGCUUAUGUACCCACGUAAGGGUCUCAUCACCGAUUCCUACAGCGCAGAGGACAUCAUCAUACAAGACGACCAGUAUCCACCUGACUUUUAUCCCGAGAACUCCUUCCACUACUCUCAAUCUCGUUUGCAAUCACCUUUCCAGUGUCACCCCAGUGUACAACUCUCUCCACUCUCUUCCGCACCUUCCUCGCCUACUUUCUCCUCUCCGACCUUCUCAACUUCUUACCCACAGGCGUCUGACUCUCAGUCUUUCGGGGCUCCUUCGAUGACCCCAGCGUCUUCAUACAACCCGUCGUACGACAUCCAGGGUUCCAGUUCGCCUUCACACUACCUACCUCAAUAUCCUCAACAAUAUUAUACGCCGAUGUUGGUACAGCAGCCUCUCGCCAGCAAUCAGGGUUGGGAUAGCAACUUGCAGUUGUUAAGCCCUGCGCGCAUCCCAUACGCCGGUGUGCAAAAGAGAUCUUCACCCUCGGCAUCCUCGCGCUCAGUUCCCUCAGGGUUGUCAGCCAAUAACUACCACCGCCGGUCCAACAGCGCCAACAAGCCACUACCCACCCCGGUGCAAACCCCACUUCAGAACUCAUUCCUUGCGACUCCCUUCCAAACUUUCGAUCCCUCAUCCCAAGAUGGUCACAACGCCGAGGCCGAGUCUGCUAUGAGGAGGGCGAUCAUGGACCAGCAGAAGCAGUCACCCCCGCAGCAAAUGCAGAACGACUACUCGCUAGCUCCUUCGGUGUCCAGCAUGAGCCAUAACUCGCCGGUGACCCCGCAGACGACCCUCGACGAACUCGACGACGCAUCCAAGUCGAUGACCAAUGGUGAGAAUGGAAUUCCUGAUGUUGAUUGGGGGUUGGACCAGUACUUACGUUUCGACCCACCUUCAGAAUACAACGGCGCCAACAGUGCCAUGUCAAUUGGAGUCCCCAAGCUGAACAGAACCAUUUCCGAUAUCUACCAAGACGAAUUAUACAACCCCGCUAUCAUGGCUGCGCCCCAGGUGUCCAAGCCAAUGGGACAGAACCACCUCAACCCGCGCAAUUUUAUGGCCGAUCGUCUUCAGGCUGCCAACCAGGGACAUUUGUCUGCUCGCUCACAAUCGCCUUCCAACAGACGGGAUCGAUCACCUUUCCGCACCUCUUCCCCAUUCGCCGGUGACAUGACCAACAACGCUCUUCAGCAACCCCAAAUGGCUACCAGCAUCCCUAUGGGACAGAACACUAUGGGUGGUAUGAACGGGAUGAACGAAAUGAACAUGAACCAGACCUCCAACACUGGAGAUAUUAAGACUAUGUCACCCAAGGAUGCAGUCUUGGAUUUCCAAGAUAAUGAUGAUAACAUGCCUCCUCUGUUUCCCUCCGGUCAGGCUGAUUUCAACCUGGGUGAUGCGCUUGGUUUACGACGCGACAAUGGCCCAAUGCGACCGAUGGAAGCAUUCCCUCAAUAUACGGCACCCAGCAUGGCUCAGCCACAAUUCGCAUUCUCCGAACCCCAGAUGCAUCGCUCUCAGAGCAACCUCUUGCAGCAGGGUACCGACUUCCCUUCGCUUCCAGCAGUGGAAUCUACCGAGAGCUCGCCCCCAAGCCAGAUGAACAUGCAGAUUACAGAGGACAUUCCCCGUCCCGCCAACACAUCUUCAGAUGCGGGUACCUACACUUGCACCUACCACAACUGCUCCUACCGUUUCGAUACUCCCUCCAGACUCCAGCGACACAAGCGCGAGGCACACCGACAAACUACACCGGGCGGUCACCUGGUCGGCCGCGAUACCUCGCUCCGCAACUCCCAGGCCGGUCCCCACAAGUGUGAACGCAUCAACCCAUCUACAGGCAAAGCAUGCAAUUCUAUCUUCUCCCGGCCCUACGAUCUCACGCGACAUGAGCAUACGAUCCACACAGCCGGGAAGCAGAAGGUGCGCUGUCACAUCUGUAACGAGGAUAAGACAUUCAGCCGAAACGAUGCUCUGACAAGACAUAUGCGAGUGGUUCAUCCUGAGAUCGACUGGCCAGGCAAGCAACGCAGGAGGAGAGACUGA